AUGCCGCCCUCCGUCUCGGACACGUCGAGUCUCCUGAGCGGGGACACCCUCGUCGCCUCCUCUUCCAGACUUCCGGCUAACCCCUUUCGCGAGCGUGCCCCCUCCUCCGGCCGCCCCUCGCUCAUGACAGCCCUCAAACGCACCUUUACCUACUCCGGGCCCAGCAAACGAAUGUCCAACACCUCCCCACCGACCCACGCAGGCAUGUUCUCCACCCCGGAAGAAUCACGCUCCUCCAGCCCCUCGCGCUUCGGCGCUGCCGCACGCGACCGCGCCGCGCUCCCUACAUUCGAGGAAAUCGCGCUCGGCCUGCAUACCUCACGUGCACGUCAGCGACAUCCGCAACCACACCCGCAGCACCUGCGCGGCGACCCGCACAGUAGUCUGGAUCCGCACCACCGGCAUCACGCCCAUCACCACCCUCAGCAUCCCCACAUUCAACGCCCCGCGCAUCGUCGCUCGGCAUCAACGAGCCAGCGUGUACCACAUGCUGAACAGGCGCUUGGCGUAUUCCGGCACGCCUCGUAUCGCACUCCUCAGAGGGCGUACGACCAGCCAAUGAGGCCCUCAACGAGCGCGUAUCCUCCAGCCCCAGUGGUUGACGCUCCGCUCAGGGCUAAAAAACCGCGUCCGUCAUCCAUGCCACCACCGAAGCGAUCUUCUCUCAAACGCGCAUCACUGGAUACCUCUCCGCCUCCCGGUUUCGCACUGCCUGCUGCCCCGUUACCUCCGUCUGACCCAUCAAUAUCAACCUCCUCUACGUCGACCGGGACGUCAACGUACACAUCGCUCAAGAUCCGUAUGGCAAACCUCCUCCUGCUCCGGUCGGGCGGGACUGUGCGCUCGAACGCGUCCUCCAACUCGUCCGUUACGACGCUCAGCGACGAGCGCGACCUUGGGCGACGGAGCCUGAAAAAGGCGGUCCGAUUCGACGAGACGAGUCUCGUCUCGUCCGUGUCGAAUUGACGCGAUAGUUCUUCGCAAUCUACUUUGUAACACUAUCUUUCAUAUCAGGCUGUUUGCUAUUGUUCGCCGCGAUGUGUUUCCAAGUGUGCUCGUCACACCGUUAUUCUAUUUUGGCUGGGCUAUCUGCGCUGCAUCACAAUCUGCAUUUCUAUACCACUACUUAAGCUUAUUUCAUGUCAUCUAACACGCAUUCAUCGCAUGUAUUCGAUAGUAACGCUCCAAAC